GGAAAUGGGCGGGGCCUGAGCGCCCGCCCCGCCCCGCCCUGACAGCGUGCCUGGCUGGCUUUUCCGCAUCCUUCUGUCCAUCCACAGGUCCCUCCGUCGGUCGGUACCGAGCGCGCGGCCGCGGCAGACAGGCCGGAUUGAAGCGCCCGGACACCAUGGGCUGGGGAGCCGGUGGAAGCUGCACUCCGCGUCCACCAAUCCGCCAGCAGCCUGCGUCUGAGACUCGCGUGAUCACGGUGGUCUUCCUCGGCCUCCUGCUGGACCUCCUGGCCUUCACUCUGCUGCUGCCCCUACUGCCUGGGCUGCUGGAGAGCCACAGCCGUGCCCAUGACCCCCUCUAUGGGUCAUGGCAGCGAGCGGUGGACUGGUUUGCCUCGGCCAUCGGGAUGCCAGCAGAGAAGAGGUACAAUAGCGUCCUGUUUGGAGGUCUGAUUGGCUCCGUCUUCUCAGCCCUGCAGUUCCUCUCGGCACCGCUCACGGGGGCCAUCUCGGACUGCCUGGGGAGGCGCCCAGUGAUGCUCUUGUCCCUGGCAGGUCUGGCCUCCUCUUACGCCGUGUGGGCUGCCUCGGGGAGCUUCGCGGCCUUCCUGGCCUCCAGGGUGAUUGGCGGCGUCAGCAAGGGGAACGUCAGCCUCUCCACGGCCAUCGUGGCCGACCUGGGCUCUCCGCCCGCCCGCAGCCGAGGCAUGGCAGUGCUCGGGGUGGCCUUCUCACUGGGCUUCACGCUGGGCCCCAUGCUGGGCGCCUCCCUGCCCGUGCGGACGGCACCCUGGCUUGCCCUGCUCUUCGCCGUGUCUGACCUGCUGUUUCUCUUCUGCUUCCUGCCGGAGACGCUGCCCCCGGAGAAGCGGGCGCCCUCCAUCACCCUGGGGCUCCAAGCUGCCGCGGACCUGCUCAGCCCCCUGGCCCUGCUCCGCUUCUCCGCCGUGGCCCGUGGCCAGGACCCGCCCACCGGAGACAGCCUCGACCACCUGCGCCGCCUCGGCCUGGUCUACUUCCUGUACCUCUUCCUGUUCUCGGGCCUGGAGUACACUCUUAGCUUCCUGGCACACCAGCGCUUCCAGUUCAGCAGCCUGCAGCAGGGGAAGAUGUUUUUCUUCAUCGGACUCACCAUGGCCACCAUCCAGGGCGCCUACGCCCGGCGGAUCAGCCCCGGCAGAGAAGUCCCAGCGGUGAAGCGGGCCAUCCUGCUGCUGGUCCCCGCCUUCCUCCUCAUCGGCUGGGGGCGCACACUGCCCGUGCUGGGCCUGGGGCUGCUGCUCUACUCCUUUGCUGCCGCUGUCGUGGUGCCCUGCCUGUCUUCCGUGGUCGCCGGCUACGGCUCGCCUGGGCAGAAGGGCACGGUCAUGGGCACGCUGCGGAGCCUGGGUGCCCUGGCCAGAGCGGUGGGGCCCAUGGCGGCCGCCUCAGUGUACUGGCUGGGGGGCGCCCCGGCCUGCUUCACCGUGUGCUCCAUGCUCUUCCUGCUCCCCUUCCUCCUCCUGCGGACCCUGCCGCCCCUGGGAGGCACACUCAAGGCCGAGUAGCCGAGGCAGGACGUCCAAGUCUAGGCCAAGACCGCGGCUGACCGCGGCCGCUGGCCUGACCCCCCUCUUCCCCCUGGGGCCCAGCCGAGGACGUCGCAGGGCCUGGGCCCCAGGGGCCACUCCACACCCCAGACCAGGGCAGCCCUGCCCGCUACACGCAGAGCCAGCGACUCCAAAACCCUGCAGGCUUCCGGUUUGCUUGUUUUUUUACACUUGGGAACAGGCUCUCAGCCAGGCAUCUGAAUGACAAUAAAGCAGCUAUUUUAUGACAAG